UUUCCAUACUUCAACAACCGAAUCACAGACGACAGAUGUGCCGAACAAAAGAAGGACGAACGAAAACUCGUAGUAUAAAGAGGAACAUGACAAGUUCAUCAAAAUCUCCCACAGUGAACUGCACAGAAGUUUCCCGUCAGCUUAAUCGAACAGAAAUCAGUCAACAAGCUACAUCAUCGGCGACGAGAUUACUCUUUUCUUCACUGCACCGGAAUGUUUACACUCAACGUUCGUAGCAGCGCAACCCUCGUGCAAGCCUCAUUCUCUCUAGUCCCUCCACGCAAAUCUUCCCCCGUCCCACAAUAAUAUAGCUCACUACCGAUUCUGGAAGCAGACAACUCUUUUCUUGGCAAGUUUCGCGCCUUUUUCAGCAGCAGAUUGUGAAAAAGUUUGAAGCCUUCUCCAUCGACGGAAGUACUCGAAGACCGCUGAGAGCCAGGGGCGAUGGUGGCGUGAAUGACUAUCGAGAAAGUUUAAUGAGGAGAGAUGCUGUUCUGGCAGCAGAUAACUGCUACUGUGUCUGGGUUAUCGCCUCCCCUCCGUGAGAGCGUUCACAUGAGAUCGGGUCUGUGUACAGCCAGGCAGUGCUCGAGGUGUGUUCGGUGAUGGGAUGCUAAAAUGUCUCGGUCAGGAAAGAACCGCAUCGUCUGCUACACUGGCCGUUUGAUUGCAUGGGUCACGUUCGCCAUUUCCUGUAGUCGGUGCCAAGACUUCAGCGCCAGGGCAUGCCUGGGGCCACAGAGGAUGCUCCCAUGGUCAACGUGACCUUAACCUGCCCAGAGGGCAAGGUCAUCUCACUCGGGGAGGUGGUGUCCAGCGUCAACCGUUAUGGACAUUGCAUCAACGCCCUCGGCGACUGCACGGACACCACCGACGUGUUCAACCCGUGCCAGCGACAGCGGGAGUGCACGGUGACUCUCAACAGGACCUACUCCCCCAUCUGCACCGCAUACGCCACGCAGCUCAAGGUGUACUACGUCUGCGAGAUAGCUCCAUUUACGACGACUACUGUGCCUUCAGUGACCGCGACGUCGACGUUAGUGUCCGUCACAUCGCCGAGGAUGACUGAACCUGCGACUGUCGCCAACAGAAGAACACAGUACGAGCAGGCAGGACCCGGCCCAACACAGGAAGACAAUACGGGGCUGAUCGCCGGCUGCGUCGUUGCUGUGGUCAUCACAGUUAUCCUGCUCAUCAUCGCCAUCAUCAUGGUCGUUAGACGGCUUGCUUGUGCCCCUGCAGUUCCAGAGGCCGAGGAAGGAAAAGUCGCUGGCUGUGAGAUUCUCCCCUGCGUGGCUGCAACUGAGGACGAGAAGGACCCCAAACAUCAACCUGCCGCCGACAGCAAAACCCGCAAUGUCUCCAGUCGGGGCUGGAAGUGGCGGAACAGACAAGCGGACAAAAAUCAGAACAUGUCAGCCAGGCUGGCCCCUGUAGGGCAGGAAGACGAAGGCACCGACUCCAUUACCUCUAAAGGCCCGUUGGUGGCCGAUCACAAGUCGAGGCUGGACUUCAACAAGGAGACCAUCGAGUACCCUGUACCAUCGAGACCAUCGAGUUCCGCUCGCGAAGAAGGCGCUACCUUGGGCGUGGAUGGAAGAGCAAGUCACGAGCAGCGACCUGGCGAGGCCUGGAAGAGAAUGAGUGGUGGCGUGAAGCGAAAAUCGCGAGAGAUGGCAUGCGCAGUGGACGUCGAUGACGUCAUUUCCUCCCUAAAUAUCCCUUCUGCGCAGUCGGCGUCGUCCUGCAGGUCUACGAGGAAUGCACAUACCGUGAAGUCGGGACCGCGCCAGACUUCUCACCAAUUCGACGCUGUUGCUGUUCCGAACACUGAAUCAUCGACAUCUUGCUGAAGAUCUGACUCGGACAGCCCACUGCAACUGCUGUAAACAUUGACUGCAGUCUGUUGUUGUUUAUUUAUUUUUUAUUGCAUCGGUGGCGGGGUAGAGGUCCCGUCAAGCACAGACAAUUACACCGUGCUGCUUACAUCUGUAAUUCGUCUCGGUAUGAUCGUGUAUUAACUUGAAGUAACUUUCUUCAGUACGCUGAUCACACCAUUUGAAGAUACAGAUUUGUACAAGAUGUGUACACUGAGUUCUUUAUAGCCCGAGGCUUCCAGACACUUUCUUAGAAACAGACAAUGGUUGUUCCUAAAAGCCCACAGCUGACGACAGACUGUGGAAGGUAAAAGACUUUCCGGAAACGGUGAGAAAAUUGAACUAUAAAGUUGUUUCAAAGUGAAGGGUUCUCUGGAAUCAGUCCCAUUCACAAAAUGCAAAGAAAAAGGCGUUGUCACGCUUCCAGCCAAUGGGAUAGCAGCGAGUGGAUGUUUCUAUUCAUCUUCCGACGUGAAGUCACGGAUUUAACAUCUUUUUUACGGCCUGAUGAGAACAGCGAUGUUUGAAGGCCUGUACCCUGGAAACAGAGGCGCGGUUGUGCUUAAAUUAAUGCAAUUACUAUUUUGAUGUCUGUUAAAUACUAAAGGUGUCAAGGUCUAGUGGCUACCAAGGCGGUGAACCGAAGAGUUUGCCGUGUCGGUGACGCUGACCACGUGACUGCGAAACCUCGGCUGGUGCCCUCGAGUUAAAGCAGAAAGUCAACGGUUUCGAAGCUCUGUCCCUUCUAGCGACUAAAAAACCCCAUUUCUCCAUUAAAAAAUGAAUAGUAAAUGGUAAAAUAUUUCUUGCCUUACAUGUCCUGCGUUAGACACGUCAAACCACUUGCAGUCCACAAACACAAUAUAUGUAAUAUUAUAUUAUAGGAAAAAACCAAAAAUCUGCAACUGUCCUCGCCGCAAGCAAGUAAUGUCACAGGCAGAAUAAGAUGCAUGCAAAAAGCAGUUUAAGUACAAGAGUACCCUGUUAUCCUUGAAUGCUUAACACAGCUGUGCCCUUAAAAUUUUAUUGGGAACAACGUUUGAUAAGAAAUUGAAGUUUGUGGUGCAGAAGGUUGCUAAGCAAGAAUCUCGCCACUGAAUGAAGCAGUAGUUUGCCCGCAACGAGGCGUCUGCUUACAUAAAACUUUCAGGAAAUUUAAACAAUUUAUAAAUGUAACGGAGUUUCUACUCGUGGGUGUCAGUAAAAUAAAACACCAAACCAGCUCAUCAGUUAUGCCCUUCGCCCCUCCUGGUGCAUAGGCCACCGACGACUGCUCUCCAACGCCUCCUGUCCUGGGCUACCGUCACCAGCUGACCCCAUC